CCCAUAGUCCCACACUACCACCGGCCACCGCCCCGCGCCGCGCCACCGCAUGAUCAAACCCUAACCGAACCCGCCGGCCACCGCCAUGGACACGCUGUUCAUGCGUGCCUUCGAGCGCCGGGACGCAGCGGAGGCGCAGAUGCGGCAUCAAGCGGCGUCCUACUCCCGGGCCCUCGCGCGCGGCCUCCUCGCCGCGGGGCACCAGCCCCCGCCGUGGCUGCUCCCGAAACCCGCGUCGUUCGCCGCCCUCUUUCGCCGGGGCGUGGCGGAGGAGCAGAUGCAGCUGCAUGUGGAGGCCUACUCCCAGUCCAUAGCCUGCGCCCACAUUGACGCCGGCCACUGCCCCCCGCCGUGGCUUCUCCAGUCCCCUGCAGAGGUGGCCACCCAAGGAAAUACUGUAAGGAAGGCAUCCGUUUAUCUUGCUGACCCCCAAAGGGCAGAUCGUGUGCAACAUGAAUUGUCUGAAUUCAAGCAUCAGGUCAAAGAAAACACUCUAGAAGCACUAAGGUUUCAAGCCUUUGAAGCAUCAAAUUCUAUGGCCAGCCCACAGCUUGAAAAUGGUUCAUCGCACUCAACCAAAUCUAAUUUUCUGGAAGGGCUUGAUUGUUUAUCCUGUCCACUGCCUGAAAAUGGUGCAAUUGAUAUUGUUAAUAAUGUUUCUAUUGAUAUUGUUAAUAAUGUUCCUGAAGAGACUUAUUCUAUGCCCAUUGUACUACUUGAUAAGGAGGCAGAGCACAGUUCUGAAACCACUUCUCUUGAAGGGCCUUUUUAUUUGGUCAGUCCAAAGAUGGAAAAUGAUCUAUUGCACACAAUUGAACAGAGUGGAAAAUUAAGAAAAAGAAGCAGUCUUUUGGAUAGAUGUGACAAUGAAAGCUCCAGAACUCUUGAACAACAAAGCUCAGGAUGUCACGUGUUGUCUGCUCCAAUCAAUGAAUCUGCUCUGCAGCUUUAUCACCUUGCUGAUACUACUGAGGCGCAUGAUGUCUGUGUCUGGAGUAACAUAUAACAUAGAUAUAGGUGCAAGGCCAGAAGCUCUGACUGUUGCUUCAUCUAAGAGGGCAAGUGUAUCGCACACUUUAGAAAGGAAUAGUAUAAUGUUAUCAGGCAAAAAUGCAGAUCUAUUGUGUGAAAUCAAUCAUCAUGUCAAACAAAACAGUCUUGAACCUGUUAGUUCUCUUGAAGUACCACGGUCUGAAACCUUUGAGAGGCCAAGUUCUAGAGCCAACCCACUGCUUGAAAAUGAUUUGUUGGACUCAGGUAAACCUGAUUUUUUGGAAGGGCAUGAUAUUGUAUCCCGUCCACUGCCUGAAAUAGAUGCAAUUGAUAUUGUUGAAAAUGUUUCUAUUGAAGUAUCACCGGUCUGGGGUCAAACUGAUUAUCGUGAAGAAACUCAUUCUAUUCUAAUGCUUGACAAUGAUACAUCACACUGUGUUCAAACUGAUUUUCCUGAAGAAACUUAUUUUGUGCCCAGUCUACUACUUGAUAAGGAAGCAAACCACAGUUCUGAAGCCAGACCAUUUUGUUUGGCCAGUCCAAAGAUUGAAAAGGAUCUCUUGCACACAACUGAACAGAAUGGUAAAUUAAGAAAAAGAAGCAGUCUUUUAUUGGAUAGAUGUGACAAUGAAAGCUCCAGAAUUCUUGAACAGCAAAGCUCGAUCAAUGAAUCUGCUCUACAGCUUUACCAUCUGGCUGAUACUACUGAGGCACAUGAUGUUUGUGUCUCAAAUAACAUAGCUAUAUGUGCAAGGCCAGAAGCUCUGACUGCUGCUUCAUCUAAGAGGGCAAGAGUAUCACACACUUUAGAAAGGAAUAGUGAAAUUUCAUCAGACAAAAGUGUGCCAAUGCUAGAAUGUCAGAGCUUCAGCAUCCCUGUUCCAUCUGACAGCCCGACCAUUACUGAGAGGGCACUUCAGGGAUUCUAUGAGUCUAAAAAGUUAGUCAACCUUUGUUCCAGCCUAUCUGUAAAGUAUAAGAUGAAACCACUAGACGCUGUGUAUCAGUCACUGCCAUCUAGGUUUGAGGAUCUCAUGAACCGAUCCCUUGCCUAUUCCAUAGACACUAACCUUCUUGAUCCUAGUUGUGCUAGCAAGAAAUAUAGUUUGGAUUUCGAUGAUGCUUUUAUGAUGUCCAAUGACCAGACUUUUGGUUCAUCAAAUGUUUAUAGUGAUGUUCCUUUGAGCCUUUCAUUUGAGAAGUAUGACCUGGAAAAGCUCCCUGCAAUGAUUGGAUCUAGUUCAGAUUAUCUUGGUUCUAUACCAGGAUUUGGUUGCUCUAAAAUUGAUGAAGAUAGCACCAUUCUAGGGGGAAAUGAGAACCAAGCGAAGCUAUCUCAUUCUAUUGGUAGAAAUUAUUCAAGAGAAUGCUUGGGUGGCAGAAAACCGCUUGGGUAUGCUACUAACAUAUAUCAAAGCAAAGGAACAAGCAGCCUAGACUUGACAGCUGGAAAAUCUUACACAAGGAAGCCUAAUCAGCAUGUGCGUAUCAGAGUUAAUCAGGACAUAAAGAACCCGAAGGAGGUUGGUGCUCUUUCGAUUAUGAAUGCUGGAAAAAUUACUCAUUUGCUCCGUGACAGAUUAAGUAAGAAAGAAAUGUCAUGUAGCAAAAGUGAAAGGAACAGAAGGGAACCAAAUCUUGAGAAAGGUUGCAGGCCUCGGAAUACAGUAUCAAAUUUGACAUCAUUUAUACCACUUGCAAAACAAAAUCAACAGCCUCCAAAAUCAUGUGCAGAAAGAGAUCUUAGUGUGAGGGCACUUAAGGUGGCUGCAGCUGCAAAGCGUCGUGAAGAGAAGAAGCAAACUGAACGUGAAAUGCACAAAGCAGCUGUCAAACUAGCGCUUGAAAGAUCAAAGCAAGAGAAAGAGCACAGACAAAAACAAGUAGAUCACAAGAAGAAAACGUGGGCAGACUUCAUUACUAGGAAGAGGCAGAGAGAAGGUGAUGGAAAGAGGGAAAAUGAUAGAAAAAAUAAAUGUACUGAAGAGGCACCGAAAUGUCAAAAGCAGCUGGAAGAAAUAAUACAUUCCCCAAAUACCUUGAAAGAUGCUUGUCCAAAAGAUACUGAUGGCAAGGAUCUUAUGGAGAAUUUAGUCGAAAGGGUAGAAAGUCAAUUAUUAUCUGAUGAAAGGAUGGAAUCUGUUCAGAGACUUUUAGCAUCUGAAAGGAACACUGUGAAGGCCAUGUAUGCAGAUUGUAAAUCAGCAGGUUCUGGGCUUCAGGUUCAGGAAAACUUGUCAGACAAUGUGGAUAAGUCCUAUGGAAUGACACCUUAUGGAGAUUCUGAUGCAAAGGAUUUCGAAAUCUUGGAGCAUCAAAGGGAAAUAAGGCAUGGACGUAAAUUGAUUCCAUCAUGGGCUCAGGAAGAAAACUUAGAUAAAAUCCUCGUAGCCAAUCUGGCUUUAGACUCCAGAGAAGUUUUUGCACACAAGUGUUCUGCCAUCUUAUCUGAUGUUCUUUUGGUGCUAUUUUUAGGAAUCGUAUUUUUAGGCUGGUUCUCCUGCAUCACGGAAUUCUUUCUUCCGCGACAAAAUGUGACCGAUGAUAAAAAUAGAAGGCUGGCGGUUCUGUCUCUCUGCCGCAUUUUCUUUUGCACAGGGACAACAGGGGGUGUGUCAUGUGUGGAGCCUCCAUCAGGUCCCGCCCCAACCCGUGGUUCGUUCAUGGUACCCGUAUCUAUACUCUGGUGAUCGAGUUGCUCUCUGCUCAGUUCACCACUGUUACGGUACAUGCAUUCUACACAAAAACACUGGCAUGACGGUACUGAUAGCAAGCACUAGCAUAUGUUGGUUGGUUGGUCCAUGCAUGGGAUUUGGAUCCGGCCUGGUCAAAGAUCAGUUGGACACAUUGGUACCUAGGAUCCUGUUGUAUCAUUACCACUGAUUAACCGGUGGUGUUUGUAGGAAAAAUCCAGGUCCAGCGUGGACGCUGGCGGGGCAUGUGGCUUCUGGAUUAGGACAAGUACGUGUAGGGCAUCUUCCUCAGAUGCGGUUGGGCCCCAUUGAGGGGCUCCAUGUGCCGGCGGGGGGCGGGGCUCAUGGCUCCAAACUGACUAGCCGAAGCUAAAAUUUAUUAGAGUCACCUUCAUUUGUUUACGCCCGGCACUUAUCAUCUCUCACUGUCAGUGUCACUUGUGAACAAUAAUCAGCAGCCCUUGGACUUGUACAUGGCUGCCUACUCCUCAAUGUUAAAAGGGUUUCUGGGUUU